GAGUUUUACUUCCUGGUACAGACGGAGCCUGCUCAGCAACUUACCUGACACAGAAAAAGGAGAGGAAGAGAAAGAAAGAGGGGGGUCAGUCCACAGAGAAGAGGGGAGGGGACACGAGCAAGGCUAGACUGGUCUUUCCUGCCUCCCUGGUCAUCUUUUGGGGUCUAAGAAUGAGUGAGGCUUGAAGGAACACAUCAAAUCAGCUGUACUGGAACACAUUAUUAAUCUUCCAAACUUGGCAAGGAAAAUUAACCAUGAAGAACAUGUGUUUCCUCAAAAUAAAUGCAUGGAUUUUUGGACCAGAGAGCUGCACAGUUGCAUUUUCAGUGGGUACAUUUUUCCACGGAUUUCCUACCGAAUAUUGAAAUGACUUCCCUAACAGGUGCUGCAAUGGGUCGAAGUAUACCAGUUGAAGUUGAUGAAACUGGAGAUUGGUCCCCAUUUCCAGAACAUUCACUGGAAGAGGAUUUGGACCCUUCUGGUGAAAACAGAGAGAACUUGGUGCCUAUAGAACCAUAUCCAUCUCAAACGGUUUCUCAGUCGUUGACUGGGCAAUCAUGUUUCUAUAAGCACCUUAACUGUGUAGAGCAUAAUAAUGCUAUGCCAGAAGCACAUGACUACAAUCACCAAGACAGAUGCCAGAAUUAUAGAAGGGAGAUAUCUCCUGAUCCAUCUACUGAAUCAACAGCUUCAUUAGAACUUCAUAUUUUAUCUACAGACAAAAGGAACCAAGUAUUAAGGUCUCGGCCUUCAUCUGAUUCUCCCGACACUGGACACAAUUCUAGUGGUUUGCAAAGUUCAUUUGAUAUUUCCCAAAAUUCACUUGGUGAAAGUCAGAAGAAUGCAAAAUCAAGUCAAACCCAAGGUAAUAGACCACCACUGGUCCUACGAACAGAAGAUGCAGGAUAUGCUUCUCAUCCUCUGGAUAUUAUGGGCAUCAGGCAACUAGAACCUCCAUUGCCACUUACAUCCAUGUUUAACCUGCAGGAUCUUCCAAGGCCUCUGAUGUCCAGAGAGUUUCCACAGAUGGAUCCUCAGCCAUAUCCUGUGUUCCCACAAAUGGUUCAUCCUUCCCCACAACCUCAGUGGCAUCCCAGAUACUACAUUCCUGGUGAUGCAUGUUGCCAGAAUCCAUAUGGGAAAACACACUACCAACAUUUUGCACAUCUGCCUCAACCACAUCUUCCUGUUGUAAGACUCCUCAAUCCCGGUCAGCAAAUAAUACCAAAUUAUUCCAGUCCUUAUUCUCCUAAAUGCAAUGAAGAAAGACUUCCCCAAAGAGAGAUCCCUUCUGGAGAACUUCAGAGAUUCUAUGGCCAGUUUCAGAACCAGCUACAGGAUGGAGGGACAUCAUCCAAGGCAUAUGGUGCUCAUGAGGAUAUAUAUAGGUACCCGCCUGAUUCCAUGGCUCAGGCUAACAGCCCACCAUGCCCGGCUGCCAUCCCAAGGCCUCCAAGUAAUUUUGCAGUCAGGGGAACACUGAGGACGAGUAACUUGCCAGAAGAACUGCGUAAAGUCUUUAUAACCUACUCUGUGGACACAGCUGUGGAGGUCAUGAAACUUGUGAACUUUUUGUUUGUAAAUGGAUUUCAGACUGCGAUUGAUAUAUUUGAAGACACUGUUCGAGGUAUUGACAUUAUCAAGUGGAUGGAACGCUACCUGAGCGAUAAGACAGUGAUGAUAAUCAUAGCAAUCAGUCCAAAAUACAAACAGGAUGUUGAAGGGGCUGAAUCCCAGCUGGACAAGGAUGAACAUGGCUUACAUACUAAGUAUAUCCACAGGAUGAUGCAAAUUGAGUUUAUACAGCAAGGAAGCAUGAACUUCAGAUUCAUCCCUGUGCUUUUUCCAAAUGCAAAAAAGGAACAUGUGCCUAUCUGGCUUCAGAACACUCACAUCUACAAUUGGCCCCAAAAUAAAAAGAACAUUCUGUUGCGGUUGCUGAGAGAAGAGGAAUAUGUUGCUCCUCCGAUAGGACCUUUGCCCACUCUCCAGGUUGUGCCAUUAUAAAUGUCCAUUAAAGUGCAUAUGAAGCAAUUGUUGUAUGACUCUGUUGGCAGGCAGCCAGGAUUUCCCUGGCUUCUUGUUCUAGGUGAUGAAAAGCAUGCACACUCCUCCCCAUACCCCCGCCAAUAAUAGAAUUGUCUUGGGGUAAUACAAGCCCAUGUGUUUUCUUUUAUCCUGAAUGUUUCCUUCUGUGGCUGAUCAGGCCACUGCUUCCCUGGCAAUAUUUAAACAAACUGCAAAUGGAAAGAAUGUCUCAUCCUUUUGUCUUCUAGCAACUUGUUUUCUAAGCCUGCUGCACAGCCAGUUAAUACAGUCAUUGGCACUGUAAUAAGCAAAACAAUUGUAUUCCUGUUUGCUCUGGGUUCCUUUAUUGUGGGCCAGCUGUUCUUGCAUUGUACAGUGGUCUCCUGCAGUCAUUUCAUGUAUACAAUAAAACAGUUGACUUUCA